UGUGUUUUUUUUCUUUUUAUUUUACCUGGAAAUUUCAUAUUCACCGUUUUUCUCUUUAUUUCGAUCAAAAACUUGGACUAUUAAGUCACGGUGGAGACCACCGGAAAAGCUGAAAGCUUGAUUUAUCUAUCAUCGGAAAGCUCAACCCGACGACGACGAAGAACCAAAUUUGCUGAAUUGAUAUAGUAAUAAUUACUAGUACAAAAUAACAUGGCUGAUAAAGACGAUUUCCUUCAGCUCAUCAAGCGAUUCGGCGCUUUCUUGACCGUCAAGAUUUCUAAUCUCCUCCACUCUCUGGAUUCAAGAUCCGUAGGGGCUAUAGCAGGUCUUGCAUUUGCAGUAGUUUUCACCUGGAGACUGUGGAGAUCACCUAGUGGACCACAAAGGAGGUUUCCAAAGCGACAAGCUGCUACGUCUAGUAGUUCUGGUGUAAGAAAUCAUUCAAGUGCAAAUGUAGCAACUUCAGGAGUUACCCCUUCUUCUGAGGAUUCAGAUGCUCAAAAUGUUAUUGAUGAGUUCUUUCAGCCAGUAAAGCCAACACUUGGGCAGAUAGUUAGGCAAAGGUUGAGUGAAGGGAGGAAGGUGACAUGUAGGUUGCUUGGAGUGAUCUUGGAGGAAACUAACCCAGAGGAGCUUCAGCAACAAGCUACUGUACGAUCCUCUGUGCUCGAAGUGUUACUCGAAAUCACCAAAUUUUGUGACCUUUAUCUCAUGGAAAGAGUUCUUGAUGAUGAAAGUGAAAGAAAAGUCCUCCUAGCUUUAGAGAAUGCUGGAGUAUUUACAUCUGGCGGCCUGGUCAAAGACAAGGUUCUAUUUUGUAGCACUGAGAUUGGACGCACAUCCUUUGUUCGACAACUAGAACCUGAUUGGCACAUAGAUACAAAUCCGGAAAUCACUUUUCAGCUAGCGAGAUUCAUCAAAUAUCAGCUACACGUUUCAGCUACCAAGCCAGAAAGAACAGCAAUCAAUGUGUUCAACUCAACAUCAUUGGAGCAGUUCUUUGGAACUGUUUAGAUGCAACCAACAAGAGCUCUAGCAAAUUUCGUUUAUUUUAGUUUUUUUUCUUUUUCUUUUUCUUUUUCCUUUUCUUCUCCUCUUAACUCUCUUCGGCAUGUGAGAAAUUUCCAUAUGUUUGACUUCUCAUUUUUAAUUGUUUUUCUUGGUACCUACAGCUUCAUAGUUUGAGGUUAAAGGGCACUAUUUGUAACACUGGUAUUGUCUGAACAAAUCCAUCAAUUUGCUGUGUAUCAAUAUCUCCUCUUUUUUCAAGCAUAGACGUGAGUGCCA